UGCCUGUUGGAUAUUCGUAAGCACAAUUCCAGGGGCAUAUACUCAUUUGAUGCCCGCUCCUGAUCAAAUUGAUUUUAAUUUGCUCACAUUCACAAGUGGAUUUCUAGAGUUAUCAGUUGAAUAUGAGAUGGUUGUACAGGUAGAGACUAUUAGGUAGGUACCAAAAGAGGAGAAGAUGCCCACGGAAAAUAUAAAAAGAUAUCCACGUGGCAAUUGAUAAAACACAUGAAACUCAUUAGUCAUUACUAAUGUCCUGUCCUAUCCUGUCCCAUUCCAUUCAUUUGAUUUGAUGGUCUGGGGUCACUAUGUUGCAACAUUUCCAUUUCUCCCUUUGUCAUUUGUCGUCUUACGAAUCUAUCCUUCCCACCCCCAACUUGGCUUUUUAUGCAAUGUUGGAAUAAAACAUACUUUCUUUUUUUUCUUGUAUAUACAAAACAAAUCAUACUUUACAAACAUUGUGAGUGAUUAGUUUAUGUUAUUUUUAUUCCAACUCCAACUUCAACUUCAACUUCCUAUAUGGUAUGAUAGUAUCAGUCCAUAUCUUAUCUUAUGUUAUGUAAGUCUCAAGUGUUGAAUUUGUUGUUACCUCCCAAAAGAAAUCACGCAAAUAUUGUACUUGUUUUCCACUUUUCCUAUGAUAUGCAUCAUCACCAGAAUUUAAAUAAAGUGUUAGUUUCAAAACAUUUUCUAUCAUGCUUCAUUAUUAUUAUUAUUAUUCUUUGAAAGACCAUGAUAAGAGAAAUAAUAAUAAUAAUAACAAAAUUGUGGGCAGUACAACAAAAUAAGUGAAAAGUUGAAGGGCUAAAAUGAAAGAAAGGUUCAUUCUCCUUUCCGUCUCCAAGCGUCCACUCCUCCGUCUUUAAAAAUGUCACACCGGAAAAGUAACCAACACCCACGUAGUAGAAUUCGAUAAUGUUCCAAACUCGAACUGAACUCCACCACUGACUUCGGCUCAAGUAGAAUUCGAUAAUGUUCGGAAGGUGCCCGUGUUUCGACUACCCAAAGACCCAGGAGGACGAUCUCGACCCGGUCCUGCUGGUUUCGGGAAUCGGGGGCUCAAUUCUUCAUUCAAAGAGGAACAAGUACGGGUUUGAGACCCGGGUAUGGGUCCGACUCUUCCUAGCCGAGUUGGAGUUCAAGAAGAGGGUCUGGUCGCUCUAUAAUCCCAAAACAGGUUAUACAGAACCACUGGAUGAUGAAACUGAAAUUGUGGUACCGGAUGAUGAUUAUGGGCUAUAUGCAAUCGAUAUUUUGGAUCCAUCAUUGCUUGUAAAAAUUAUACAUUUGACGGACGUCUAUCACUUCCAUGACAUGAUCGACAUGCUAGUUAAAUGUGGUUACAAGAAGGGAACUACACUGUUUGGAUAUGGUUAUGAUUUUCGCCAGAGCAAUAGGAUUGACAAGCUGAUGGAAGGUCUUAAAGAAAAGUUGGAAACUGCAUACAAUGCCUCUGGUCAUAGAAAAGUCAAUAUAAUUUCACAUUCAAUGGGUGGAUUGCUCAUUUCUUGUUUCAUGGCUCUUCAUUAUGAUGUAUUUUCCAAGUUUGUAAGUAAGUGGAUCUGCAUCGCUUGUCCUUUUCAAGGUGCACCGGGAUGCAUAAAUGAUUCUCUCUUGACUGGAUUGCAGUUUGUUGAAGGCUUUAAAAGCAAUUUUUUUGUAUCUAGGUGGACAAUGCACCAAUUGUUGGUUGAGUGCCCAUCAAUUUACGAGAUGCUGCCGAAUUCAGAAUUUAAGUGGGAAAAGCAACCACAAGUUCAAGUCUGGAGAAAGCUAUCAAAUGAUGAAGAAACAUCUGUCAAACUGGAGUCUUAUGGCCCAUCUGAAAGCACCACUAUCUUUGAAGGAGCAUUGAGGCACAAUGAGCUAACUUAUGAUGGAAACACUGUAGCUUUACCAUUCAACCUCUCUAUCCUCAAUUGGGCUUCCAGUACUCGGCAGCUUCUCAAUUCUGCCCUACUGCCUCCUGGGGUCUGCUUCUACAACAUCUAUGGAACAUCAUUCGACACUCCUUUUGAUGUUCGCUACGGUACAGAGACAUCUCCGAUUGGAGACUUGUCCGAAAUAUGCCACACUUUGCCUCAGUAUUCUUAUGUGGAUGGAGAUGGAACUGUUCCUGCAGAAUCUGUUAAGGCUGAUGGGUUUGCGGCAACUGAAAGAGUAGGAGUUGGUGCUAGUCACAGGGGAUUGUUGAGAAACCAAUCGGUGUUUCAGCUCAUCAAGAAAUGGCUGGGAGUUGAUGAGAAUGUUGUCGUCAAGCAUUCAAAGACAUCCAAAGUGGCAAAUGCUGAUGAAAAUUCUGGUCUCCCCUCUCUGUCGUCGUGUCCUAGUCAAAUAUGACCUGACCUCUACACAGCACAAUUAGUCCAUUAGUCCUGGAAUGGAAAAUGAAGCAAAAAGGGUUCAAUAUUUUGUCAUGAUGCUUUGGCCUUAUUUAUUAUUACUCAUGAUCUGUAAUGUAAAUACAAGUUAUAAUUUAUAUGGUUGUGUAACUGCAGAAGAAUGAAUAAUAUUCAUAAGGCUUUGUAUUGGGGGCCGUCUUUGUUUUGAGA